AUGCCUGUAGGAAGAAAACGUUGGAAUCUUCAUGAUGGACCUCAAGGAUCUCUAAGACGUCUGCGUAAUCAGUUAGCUGAGGAUGGUUGUGCUGAGUCUCAAGUUGUGUUGGCAAAGCAAUUAUUAGAAGAAAAAUGUGAACUUGAAGCUGACAAAGUGUCUAAUUUUAAACAAGCUUUGGAAUGGCUUAUUUGUGCUACUGAACAAGCUCAUCCAGAGGCCAGAAAAAUGUUACGAAGGUGUAUUCGCAGUGGCGUUAUAGACGAGGACAGUGCGCCGAUAGUGCGUGCCAAGUCUUGUCUAGCUGCGAGCCGACAGGAGACUGUAGCCCGAAAAGCUGCUAGAGACCUUUUUGCAAGUUUAUCUAACGGUGAGCAGUAUAUAACGACGGCGCAACUGGAACGGCGUAUUCGUGAAAUUUGUACAACGACACUCAAAAAGGAUGAAGAGGAUGAGGCAUUGGACGAAUCUCAUGAUGAAGCACCGGCUUUGGAUGAUGCUCAAGCGUUAGAGUCAUUGCAGGGAGGUGACCAUGUCGGGAAUGGUACUUUACGCACUGCGCAAGUUGUUGAUGAUGAUUUACCAGAUCGAUGUCCCAGCGACGAAAUUCGUAAUUUGACAGUUGACAACCUGGUCUCAGCCGCUGUGGACUAUUGCCAAGGAGGGUUACCUCUAGUCAGCCGCGAUUUAACCCUUACCGACCCCAGUAUUAAGGCCCUUGACCAUAUCCCAAUCCUCCAACAAGCAUUUCUGCACCCCCUAGUCUUCAUACAGAUACUGUAUUUAAAACUUCUAUACUAUUUUGGGUCAUUCUCUUUUCGAUUGUCAAAUUUAGAACUCUCCCUUUUACUCAUAGCUUAUCUGUCGGUUAGCACGGACAGCCUUUACCAUUUAGUACCACUUAUUAUAUACUACAUAAGCAUUAUUGCCAUGGUCAUAUGUACAUUCAAAAUGUUACUCGCGAAACGACAGUUCAUCGAUUUCCGGAAAUGGUCGGGCUUAUUUUUGAGAUAUAGCGAUGGCAAUUUGCAACCAGACGAGUCGGAGAAUUUGUUUGUUAAAAAUAAUUUGGGACCAUUUUUGCAAUUUUUCCUGGCGUUAUUUGUUAAUUUGUUUUUGUACCCCUUUAUAGCGACCCAAUGGGUGCCGUUUUCCGAAUUUUGCGUUUUGUCAUUUUGUUUAAUGUUUAUGACGCUUUUCUCUUUUGGGACGAACGGCCAGCUGUGUCCCGACGUGUUGGCGUUGAUAUCUUUUGGUUUAAAUGUCUUAGCGAAGUAUCCCUACGAGAAGGAUACGGUAGUCCACCAAGGGUGGCGAUUUCUCGAUCUGCACAUAUCGAAUUAUCCAUCUUAUAUCUUAGGAAAUAGCAUUGAGUUUUGCUUGAAUGCGCGUGUGUUUUUUUCACUAUUAAUCCCGGUGAUAUUGGUGAUGAUGGCGCGAAGGAGUAACUGGCAGGGAUUGUUCAAGUACACCCUGCCACAUUGUGUAACGUUGAGUUGGUUGCAGAUGUUCAUAACUUGUUCUCACGGGUGUACGACCUAUGGGUUGAUUCGAGGGACGUUAGCUCUUGUGUGUUCCUUCCUUUUCCUUCCCUUAAUAGGCGUGGUGACGGUAACUCUACCGAUAUUCGCGUUCCUGCAAUAUAUAACGGUUCCAAGGCUGGUGUACACAGCGACAGUAUUGUUUGCAUUGACUGUGACAUUAGGUGUGACUUGUGUCCUUGCAAAAACGGAAGCUACCAAGAAAUUUGUUACACCGUUUCAGCUCGCAAUUGGUCUCAUUACCCUAAUAUACUUCAGCAAUCAAUUGCUUACUGGCAUUCAAGAUGAAGGCGUACCGUCUGGCCUUCUAGAACUAAUAACAGAUGACAAAGCCAGCCUCAAAAACCUUUUAAAAAACGAAUUCAUCACAGAUUACGAAGAAAACACUAAUUUCGUAGAGUGGGAGGAUUAUUACAACAACUGUCAUGCGCCAUCUUGGAUUAACAACAACAUGGCGUCCACGCAAAUCAAGUGCUCUAUACUAGAUGGAGCUAAAAUCAAUUGGGAAGGUUAUAUCAAGGAUGUCACAGUGACAAAUGUUAGGAAUAAAUGGAAUGAUUUCUCCUUGUGGUUGCCGGGCUUUUUGAGGGAAUAUUUUAAGUGUUAUUAUGGUGAGGAGUUUUCGACUUUAUGUUCGAGGCCAGAAGACAUAGAUUUGGAGGGCUGUGAGUUUGUGAGGACGGUCGCGCGGCAAAGUGGGAAGAACUGUCAUUUGAAUAACUUGAAUGAAUACACAUAUGAAGUGACAGUCGACAUGGAAACAAGUGGGGGAUUAUUAAAACGUCACUCGGAGAUACGGGUCAUUUUUGAUAACUUUUUCACAAAUUACACGAAAUUACUUCGACAAAAUGACAAGAUACGCUUCAAGGGUAUACUUUUGAAUGAGCCAAAUUCAUAUGACAUUGGCUCUAGGUAUUUGGAUAUAAAGGGGUAUGAAAUCAAUUGUCUCGAGUGUAAAACGGCAAGGGGGUCUAUUCGCACACAGGAGCCGUCGACAUCGAGAGUGUGCGACUUAUUUCGAACGAUAGCAAACGACUGUGUCGUAUCAACAAAGUAUGUUUUGAAUUUCCUACUAAAUCCAGUGAUAGUUUUUAAAUAG